AUGUCCUUCGAGACACCACUUCCCCCAUACAAUGCCUCGGAUCCUUACGCAACCUUUCUCAACGCAUCUUGCAUGGAUCUGCUUCUAAUCGAAAUGGUCCCGAUGGCUUACAGACUAGCCAGCGAGCUUGCAAACCCGGAACAAGAUGGCUUGAAGGCCUUGGACGAAGAUGGACAGAAGGAGGCUGCUUGUCGGAGGUUGGAGACGCUAGGUUAUAGAGUUGGGCAAGGGCUUGUUGAGAGGUUCUCGAGAGAUCGGCCACGAUUCACAGAUACAUUGGACGUGAUUAAGUUCUUGUGCAAGGACAUGUGGACGCUGGUAUUCAGGAAGCAGAUCGACAACCUGAAGACGAACCACCGAGGUGUCUACGUUCUCACCGACAACAGCUUCAAACCAUUCUCACGCAUGAGCAUGGUGUCGUCGUCGGAAGCAGUACACCGCGCGCAACCGUUUCUCUGGUUUCCAUGUGGUAUUAUUCGAGGGACAUUGGCAAGCAUGGGGAUCAACGCGAUGGUGCAAGCGGAGACUUCAGAACUUCCAGCUGCAACAUUUCAGAUCAAGACUAUCACUGCUAAAUCUUGA